GUCAAAGCUGGCACCUGAUAUCUUCCCGACCAGCGUCCAAGGAAUCGUUCGGCCGCUUCGGGCAAGCCCCAGACAUGAAGCUCUUCCACCGUUUGCUGGAAGAUAUUUGGCGUCAUUGCGGUAGCAAAGAUGCAGAGGUCAGCCAUGCCGGGCAGACAGUUUUGAACGUGAUCUUGGACGAGCUCGUAAAGCACCUGACAUAUUUGCAGACGAGGUCAAUGAUGCCGGAUGCAAAGAGACAGACGUUGGAGCAACUCCCAACCAUUGGUCUGGUUUGCGGGACGAAGCGCCGGAAGGAGUUUGCAAUGUUGCUCGUGUCCUUGUUGUGCCGUGAUUUCGACCCGAGUUUCGGCGACGUCCUCUGGGACCAUAUUGAGCUCCUCCGGCGAAUGGAUGGGGAUUCAGCGCCAGUCUCCAGCCUGGGAUGCGAAAAUGCCCCAGAGAGGCUACGGUCUUGGCUACGUGCUUAG